AUGGCGAGCGACCAGGCACACCUUGCUUACGCCGUCGUCAGCUGGCUCGAGCAGGCCGGCACCUCGCUCCCUGCCGACAAGAAGGCCGAGCUGCAGACGGCCGCCAAGAGCGCCGCCACCGCCUUUGGCGUCAACACCUCGGACUCGGCACAGCAGCAGCAGUACGGCCAAGGGCCGGGGCUCCAGGCCAUCUUUGACAUCUUCCUCAAGACGCAGAAAAAAAUGGGCGCUCCCUCGACCUCGGCCUCGACCCCGGCGGCAGCGGCAGCGGCAUCCAGCGCCGAGCCCGCAGCUGCACCGGCGGCCAAGGACGUGUCCGAGGCCGACAUCGCCAAGGCCGAAGAGCUCAAGACGGAGGGCAACAAGGCCAUGUCGUCCAAGGACUACGGCGCCGCCAUCGAGGCGUACGGCAAGGCCAUCGAGCUCAACCCCAACUCGCCCGUCUACUAUUCGAACCGUGCCGCCGCCUUUAGCCAGAUUGGGCAGCACGACCAGGCCAUCGACGACGCUCGCGCCGCCUCCAAGAUCGACCCCAAGUUUGGCAAGGCCUACAGCCGCCUCGGCCACGCCCUCUUUUCGUCCGGCCGCUUUUCCGAUGCCGUCGAGGCCUACGAAAAGGGCGUCGAGGUGGACCCGUCCAACGACGUGCUCAAGCGCGGCCUCGCCGCCAGCAAGGAGCGCCUCGCCAGCGAGGGCGGCGGCAACGCGUCCGCCUCGUCGCCGUCGUCGGCUGCCGCUCGCGAUGCCGUGUCGAGCCCCGGCCAGGGCGCCGGUGCCGGUGCCGGUGCUGGCGCGGGAGCCGGAGGCUUCCCCAACUUUGGCGGUGCCGGCGGCAUGCCCGACCUCGCCUCGCUGAUGAACAACCCGAUGGUGGCGCAGAUGGCGCAGAACCUCAUGUCGAACCCCAACGGCCUGUCGGAGCUGAUGAACAACCCCAUGCUGCGCCAGGCGGCCGAGCGCUUCCAGGGCGGCGGCGGCAUGCCCGACAUUGGCUCGCUGAUGCAGGACCCCGCGAUGCGCGAGAUGGCGCGCAACUUUAUGGGCGGUGCCGGCGGUGCUGGCGGCGCUGGCGGUGCUGGCGGAAACAACAGCAACAACAACAACAUGUACGGCUGA